CAGGGCAGGUGGAGAGCUGCCUCAGUCAGCACUCUUGUGUGCAAUCUCCAAAGGGCAGUUAACUUAGUUAUUUUCAAAUACUGAAAAUUCUGGAGAAACUGCUGAGCAACUUGGGAGCUGGAGAAAAUACAUUAGUAGGUUUACAGGUUGCUAUUUAUAGCACUGUACUAUAUUUCUUGUAUAGCUAUGGCUUCUGUAUCCAUAGCUGGCUGCCUGCUGACCCAAAAUCAGUAUUAUAGAAAAUCCAGUAUAUCUUCAGUAAAUUCUUUCUCUGGCUCUGACCCUCUAAACUUCACAGACACAGAGAAAGUCAAUCAAGCAUUACCGGAAGCAGCUGAAUCAACUUGGUGGUUCAAAUCCUUUUUUCAUUCAGAUCCGGUUCCCCCAGAUAUAGAAAAAAAAGAUCUGUUUGUUAAUAGCAUUCAUAAUUAAUUCCAACAAUCAAGCUGCCUCUGCCUGUAUCCUGUAAUGCAUUCAUAUCCCUAAACAUUAAUAAUAUUCCAGAUGGCCAUGAUACAUGGCAGUUUGGCAGUAACCUAUUUGAAACCUCAAUUGGGAGAGAUUUCGCCAUUUGAAGAUACAAUGUUAAUUCAAGCCAUCUUAUUCUAUGCUGAGUUGUCUCUCAACAUGUUAUCAGCAACAUGAAGAACAGUGAUCCUCCUUGAGAAGUGUACUUUUUAAAACCUGUGCCUUUUCAAAUGUAUAUAUUAUGUAUGUAUGUAUACCCUUAUAUAUAAUACUUCAUAUAAGUUGUCUAUUGAUUAUUUAUAUGAUUAUCUUUUAGGUUGAUUUUGUGGUUGUUUUUAUUAGAUUAUAAGUUAAGGAAAAGACUCCUCUCAAUUUAUCUCAAUUUAAGACUGAAGUGUUAAUGCUUACAUGAACUCAAAUGCCCCCUUCCUGCUCCCACACAUCAAAUGACUUUCUUGAACAAUGCUCAUUAUAUCCAUCUGGAAGAUCUUUCAAAGAAGGUCAGAGAGAAGGUCAGAUAUUUUGGGAAUUUCACUCAUACAGAAGAGAUGUCAGUACAUUCUUGUGCAUACAAUUUUGUAUUUCAAAAUCUUUCUUUAAAAUAUAUAAAUAUAUAUACAUAUAUAUAAUAAAUUUCUUAAAAAAAUAUAUAAAAUAUAUUUGCCUAGUAACAAAUUUGUCUAGUUGAGGUAAGUUGAGGCAGUCAUUUCAUUUCGUCGCUGGAUAGUGAUAUCUAAAGUGGCGAUAUAUCGUGACCAAAUUCAUAGGCUAAAUCAUUCAUUUCUGCAUCCACAGAGAGAAUGCCAUUUGCCUAUCACUAAGUGAGGGAGAAAAUUGAGUCUAUCAUCCCAUAUGCAAUGGCUGUUCCCAUGCUUUAAAUGCUCUCUUUCCUAGUCUCUGCCCUUUGGAAUCUUUGGUUUCCUUCAGUGCUUAACUUAAAGGACCACCUUUUGCAUGAGAUCUUUCCUAGUCCCCUGCUGCUGCUUAGUGCUUUCCCCUACAAGAUUAGCUUGUAUCUGCGUUUUAUGUGUGUGUGUGUGUGUGUGUGUGUGUGUGUGUAUUUGUGUGCAUUCUAUAUAUACAUAAAUAUGUAUGUGCAUGUUAUUUUUCCCUUUAGAAUGUAGACUACAUUAAAGGCAGAGACAUGUGUUUUUAUCUGUAUUGCUAGAGGCUAGUGUAGUGCCUGCCUAGGCAUUUAGUAGAUAUUUAAUAAAUGCUUGCUGAGUGAUUGAUUAAUUUACGUUUUGGCUGAGGGUUUUUUUUUUUGUUUGUUUGUUUGUUUAUUUGUUUUGCUAAGAUCUAUAUAAAUUAAAGGAACUUGUACUUUUGUCUGGAAUCUUUUGGAUAAUGGCGAGGAAUGUCUACUUUACCUUGCAUGUGUGGGUGUGUUUUGAGAGACAGAGGCCUUAUUUAGGCAGUCCUUACCUCGCUUUAUUUGUGUCUAAAAUACAAAUUACUGGUAAUCGUGCCUUAUGUUGUAAGACAAUAAAAAGGUUUUUCUUAUUAAUUAUUUUAUUUGUUUAUAUUUAGCAUUGGAAUUAAUUUUUGUGUGUAGUAAUUUUAGGGAGAAAAAUCUACAAAUAAAUCAAAUGAGUUUCUGCUUCAUGUUUUUUUUUUUUCUUUGCUAUUUGAUAUAUAGAGAAAGAAAAAUGUUGUCAGAAUACUUGCUGAGUUAUUUGGUAAAUAUAUAGAAAUCAAGUAGAGCCUACUUUUUACCUUUGUUUGCUCAUUUUAAAAGUUAUUCUAUUUCCUUUGUUUAAUGUGAUCAAAUUUUUGCAGAAUGAAAACUUUUAUAAUUGUGUGUGCAUGAUACAUCAUACUGGUUUUAUAUGUUAAAUUCUUCAUUGUGAAAUGGGUAAUUAUUUAUAAUUAAAGUAAUUUUCUGAUCAUA